AUGCCGUAUAGUAAAAAGGUUGUUGAUUUAUUUACAGACGGGUUCAUAAAUGAUGCAGAUUUUCAUCAUUUAGCUGCAAUUCUUUGUAGUGGCAUAUGUGUGGAAUUUCGAGAUUGCUACUUAACAUGGAGUGAAGCACUUGGCACAAAUGAAAGUGAUGCCUACUGGAAACCAUGUUUGUCUGAUUGGUUAGCUUCUGGUGCUUACAAUCCAUGGACACGACGUUUACGUGUUAGUUUACUGAGGUCUGAAAGAGUUAGCAGUAUUAGUAAGCAUAACAAACUAUCGAGUAAUUCACUUUCGUUUACUGAAAAUGAAUUAACAAUUAGAGAUGCCAUUAAAAUGGGUCUUUUGGAUCCUAAUGUUCCAGAAGUUGUUGUUCCUGAUGGAACUCAGCAAGGUGGCUACUAUACUGAUUCUUACAGACGUGUUAACCUCACUGAAGCUGUUCAAAUGGGUUUAAUUGACGAUGUAUCUGGUUGUUGGCUCGGAUCAGGUUCUUCUUCUGGUCAAUUCAAGAUUGGCAUAGAAGUGGCUCAGGCUGCAGGCCUGUUAACUAAAGCUCCCAGUCUGGCAGAACUUGUCUUAUCUGGUUUGAUUUCCGUCAGUACUCCAAAUAUGAGUGAAAAGCAUCCUAACAAUAGUAUAGGGAUCCUUGAUGCCCACAACGGUCAGUAUAUAUUGUUUACUGAGGCAGUGAAACGUGGAAUGGUUAUUGGAAAUCAACCGGCAAUGGUGCUUGUGCAAUCCCAUUCGAAUCAACCAUUGACCUUAAUUGAAGCGUUAAAUAUGAAUAUAAUGACAUCAUCCGGAUUUAUUGUUUUAGAAGACAAACCCCCUAUGAACUUGUGGGAUGCCGUUAAUAAUAAUUAUGUUAGGCUUAUCUAUACGAAAUCAUACCCACCUCCAGUAGGUGUGCUCAUUGGCUGGGAGUCAAAUCAAAAGUCGAAUCAAACAUACCAGCAACAUCCUAUAUUGCACGCUAUUCGCACAGGUUUAAUUGAUUCUUCAAAAGAAGAAAUUGUAUCGCCCAAUACAGAAGCACGGCAACAUGGUCAGAACUCUUUACAACGCCGUGUUGCUCUGAAAAAGUCAGCUAAGCAUUCGGCACUGUGUGACUUACAUUCGAUCCAGUUGUUAACUCAAGGAUGUGGAUUAUUCAAUAUAGAUGGUCGUGAGUUAAGUGGUUUGGAUGCACUCAGUUCAGGUUGGUUUAAACUACCUGAAAAUUCUCAUUAUGAUCCAAAUAUAUAUGGACAAAUAAUGGAUCCUGUUACUGGGACCUCUAUGCUGCUAUCAUCUAAAGUGAAAACAAUGAAGAAUGUUGAUAUCACACCAUCUGGUGCCCAUCUGAUGUUAGCCUUGUCCAUAAAUCGUCCUCCCUUGGGCUACUUGAUCGAUCAACGUUUCAUCACACAUUUAAGUUGGCUUGGACCGGGUUUACAUAGUGACAGUUCAUUAAACAAGGCAUCAAAUGACUCAUGGUUUACGCAUAUUUAUCGGUCUGAUGAUAUCUUAGCUGUUAUUGAUCCGAUUAGUAAACGCAAGGUUACACAAACAGAAGCAGUUCGGCGUGAUCUAUUAGAUAUGGAGACUGGCAUUUUUCGAGAUCCUGUACGCAAUCAGAUAUAUCCUAUUAGUGAAGCAAUAGAAAAAGGACAUAUUCUAGUGAAAGAAAAGCCUAUUGUGAAUGGAAGUGUAUCCAAACCUCAGUCGAAUAAUCCAGAAAUGAACGAAUCAUUUGAAAUUGUGUCUGUCAAAGAGACUUGUACUUAUAAAAUUUUAAAUGUACUCGAUCCACACACCAGCCUACGAAUCGAGCCCAAUGAAGCUGUAAAAAAAGGUCUCAUCAAUUUGGAAUCUUUCACGUAUAACGGCGUUAAUCCAAGUAUUUCAAUUGAAUCAGCACAACAACUUGGUUAUAUAUCAGUUCAUAAUACAGAUUAUGAAGUUUCCCAUGAUAGUAUUAAGAUAGACUGUACAGACAAGACACCACCGUAUAACUUAGUUAGUUUAUUUCAUGGUGGUCAAUUGGUGAAACAAUCUGGAUCAAAGUGUGUUAUCAAGCUAUCCGAAUAUGUGGAUUCUAUAUCUUUAAAUGAAGCUAUUACUUUGGGCUUAAUUGAUGUUGGUAAUUCCUUGGUUAAAGAAUUCGCAACAGAAAAGUGGUAUCCUUUGGAUAAAGCUAUUUUGCUCGGUCUAGUCAAUGAUCAUAAAGGUGUUUUAUUGCAUAGAAAUAAAUGGAUUCCUUUGAGUGAAGCUAUAACUCGUGGUUUAGUGACUGACAAGAAAUUGUCAUCAACAGGAAUGUUUACUUUUGAAAAAGCUCUUGCAAAUGGACUAAUUGACCCAGUGACGAAUACUUUUCAUCAAUCGAAUGACGUCAGUAUUUCUGGUCCAUCUAAUUCUAUCAGUGUUCAUGAUGCCAUUAAACAAGGAUUAUUAAGACCUCCAGCUGUUGAAACACUACAUGAAAGUAGUAAUGGAUUACCCAAUAAAGGGUAUACCCACAGUAUGGAUUCUUUAAUAGCAAUAAAGCGUCAAAGUUUAAAAGAUCCAACCAGUACAGUAUCACGUAACAAUACUCUGCCUCCAGUUACCUCAUCUGGUCAUGUAAUGAGUAAUGGAGAUGAUUUCAUUGCUACAGGUGGUCGUACUGAAUCUAAAAUAAUCAAAUUUUUAGAUUGUCAUGGCGUUGGAAGACUACGUGGUAAAUCAUCGCAUUGUAAUUUACGCCCAAAAUCGAAAGGUAAUGAUGAUAGUGAUAAUGGAGAUGAAUAUACUAUCCGCAAGAAGCCUAGAAUAAAAAGUUACGAAAUGCCUAAACUUAAAGAGCGUAACUGCGUUCUCUAUGCUUUCUAUUACCUACAUGACGAUGUGCGAGUUGAAGCCUCUAUUACAGAUACAAUGGUUCGUGAAGGACGUGUUGAUGUAUGCAAAAAGAUCAUUUGCGAUCCAACUAGCGGAAAAUUCUUCCCAAUCCCUGAAGCUCUAACAAAAGGUUUUGUUUUUGGAAUUGUUUUCACUCAAGCUGAACAACUUUUGGAAGAUGGUCGACAGACUUCUAAUCCACUAUACUGGUUAGAAGUAUUCCAUUAUCGUCAUGAUAUAUAUCGUUUAGAAAGAGUAUUCGAUCCGUAUUUAAAUAGUCUCGUCUCUGUAACAGAUGCAAUAGGAACUGGAAUUAUCGAUCCCAUCCAUUGCACAUAUACUCAUCCAGUUAAUGGAAAUUUAUAUUCAAUAGAAGAGGCACUUUAUCAAGGUUGGAUACAAGCGUUACCUGUCGGUAAUCCACCACCAUUCGACUUAAUUGGCGGUUCGUUUGACCAUGUUCAUGUACGUACAGUUGAAGAAAGUACCACCUUUACAACAUCUGUGCAUACAGUUCGUCGUGGCAGUAAAAUUCCUCCACAGAACUUAGCCAAAGAAACUUGUCCAACUGGUCAGAGGUCCACACUUUCUUCACCUCAAACAACAUUGAAUAUAAAACGUCAAAUGCCAUGUAAAACACCUCCAAGUUGUCGACCUAAUUAUCGUACACCGACGGACUCCACUAUGAGAUAUCAACUGAAAUCAGAUUAUCGGACUGAGUCAAUUGAAAAUAAUCAGCCUAAGCAAAAGAGAGAAUCUGGUCUUCUAUCAGACAUUCAUCCGAGUGAGCACUCUGCUCCUGUUAAAGAAGCCUUAGAUAAAGCUAGUCAGCAUUUGUUUUCUGGAAAGUCAUCAAGACUUCCAUUGAAAUCACCGGUGCAUCCUCUGCAACCGAUUAUCUUAGUGGAUAGCACCACUUUACCAGCAAUCAGUUUAUCCCUAGUAAGAUACCAGCAUCCAGACCCUACUCCGAAAAUUAUACCAAAAUCAUUUCAAAAUGCCCCACGUUAUCUACUCCUUGAAACUGCUAUACAACGAGGGUGGAUAGAUCCAUACCAUGGUUUAUUGAGAACUCAAUGCGGACGGACGAGCACUUUAAAUUUACUGGAAGCUGUAGAAGAAGCAUUGAUUGACCCAUCUCAGUUAUUAGUCUGCGUACAACACCAAACUGAAGAUGACUUACAUGAGCAUCCGUUAUAUGGUGACCAACCAAUUCCUGUAUAUUACAGUUUAGCCACAUUAUUAGAUGCAACCAAUCUGAUAAUUCAGACUGUGUCUUCAGAGUUGCGAGAAUCCAUGCCUCAUCCGUCAGGCCUCAUGUUGACUGAGGACAGAGUGAGUGAACGUGGUGACUUGAGUUUCCUGGGUGAUGGGACGUGUGUUGGUGGAGAGAAUGUGGAGUAUCCGGGUGUUAUGUCUUCGGAGUAUGGUUUAUCCGACGUAUCGGGUGUAUCCGGUGUGGGUGUGGAUGUUGUCGAUGGUGGCAUGGAGCGGUCAGUGAUGCUGAUGAGUGAUGGUGUUUUGUCGUUGAGUGGAGAUGGUGUUGUGAUGGGCGUGGAAUCGAGGCGUGCCUCUGAUUUGUUUUCGGAGAUGCCGGAGAGACGGGUUGUGGAGAGUGGUUUGGACUCUGAGAUGGUGUCGUCCGAUGGUGUGAGGUCUGUAGAAGUGUCUGACUUGCGUGACCAACGUGGACUGGAGUUGCGUGAGGCGAUUGAUGCGGGCCUUGUCGACACGAAGUCUGGACUAGUUCGAGAUCCAUCGAGUGGUGAGGUAUUGACGUUGGCUCAGGCUGUGGAGAGUGGACUGAUAUCGGGUGAGCGGUCGUUGGUUCGCGACCCGAGUUCUGGACGUCUGGAGAGUCUUGGUAGGAUGCUGUUGGCUGGUUUGUUGGCGCCUGCAGGUUUGAUUGGCCUUGCUGUUGAGUCGAUGUCGUCGAGAUCGAGAGAUGUAGUGUGUCCGUCGACAGAGUCGUUGGAGCCUGUCACUGAGGUUGGUGUGUGUAGGUUGUCAGAUGUGAGAGAUGUUGGUGAGUCUGUUGAUGCUGCGUCUAUGGAAGGUGGUGUGUCUGGUGUUGGUGUUGGCGUUUGUCCUGGAGUUGGUGAUGUUGUUGAUGUUGUGGCGGUGGCUCGAGGUGGUGUUUGUGCUGAUGCUGAUGCUGAUGCUGAUGCUGAUGUUGAUGCUGGAGCAGGUGUAUGUGUAUGUGUAGGUGUAGGUGUGGGAGUAGGUGCAGGUGCUGAUGCAGGUGUUGUUGGUGGUGUGAGUGACUUCACGACGUGUCAGCGAGAAUCCAUGCCUCAUCCGUCAGGCCUCAUGUUGGCUGAUGACAGACCUACGGGAUCGGAGACUACAAAACGUCUUAUUUCUCAACUAGUCGCUGCUCUUGACAAAGAGGCUUUAUGGAUGACAGAUUAUGAGUCACAAAUUUUACAAAUGGGACACUUAAAUUUGGAUGAUAAUCUAAAUCGUCACCUUCUGGAUGAUCAUCAAGAGAUUUUAGAUAAAAUUCGUAUCCAUCAGUCCACAAGUAGAUCUAUACUAUUUCAAGCUGAACAAGCUGUUGAAACACUACGCAAUACAAAUCAACCAGAGUAUAUUUGGAAGCCAUUACAACCAAAGUGUCAAGAGUUAAGAACACGACUAGAAGAUCUGCAAAGUGAAGCUGAAGGUCGAGUUCGAAUUUUACUCAAUAGUUUAGAUUCAUUAGAACAUCUCACUUACAAACUUCAAGGCCUUCGCAAUCUGUUGGAAAAUCUAGAAUCUGUUUUAGUUGUCAGUGCAUUACCUGCAGAAGAAACAACGGAAGAUAAUCAGUUUACAAACAAAUUGAAACACUGA